AUGGCGCGCUCCCUGCGCUGCGGCGGCGGUGGCAGCAGGCGCAGCAAGACGUACUGGAUGUGCAGCUGCGGUGGAUGGAACUGGGACUGGCGUACCACGUGCCUCGGCUGCGCCUACGCGGCGCCGCCUUGGGUGCUGGAUGCUGCCGCUGUCAGGGCCAGGCCCCAGGCGGGCAAUGACGGCUGGGUGGGCCAGCCACGAGGGCGCCGUGCCCAGAGGCAGGCCCGCGGUGCGGCUGCGAGCGCGGCAUCCGCCGAGUCGCAGACCUCGGCGUCGGGCGAAAGCGGGGCGCGCGGCGGCCGCGGCGCCGCGGCGACCGAUAGGCUGCAGGCAGCGGUCGGGCAACUGGAGGCGCUGCAGGCGGGGCCGCCCGACGGUGUGGAGAGCUGCUUCACCGACGUCGUCGCCAGCCAGCUGGAGGCCAAGCGCGCCGAGCUGGGCGAGGCCCAGCGGGCGGCAGCGGAGCAGAAGGAGGCGAACGCCAUCAGCAAGGGAGAGAGGCGGCUCCGCGCCGCGCGCCAGAGCCUGGAGCAGAAACAGGCGGCGCGCGACCUCGCCGAGGCCCAGCUCCAGAAGGCCCAGCAGGAUCUGGCGCAGCUCGACGCAGAGGCCGAGGCGCAGCGGCGUCAGCGGGCAGCGGAGUGGGCAGGGUCCAGCGAGGUCCCUGGGCCCCUCGUGCAGCUGGACAAGCUGCCCGAGGCUUGGGGAUCCAACAACUUCGAGGUGGCAUGGGCGGCCAUUCGUGCCCAGGUGGAGGCCGUGCGCACGCUGCUCGCCCACGCCCCUGCUGCACCAAGGAGGGCGCCAUGGGCGGAGUCAUGCCCCAUGGGUGAGGUCAGCAGCGAGGGCGGCAUCCACGCAGGAGGCACUGAGCCCUGGCAGCCGCAGAGCGCCGCGGAGCGCGGCCAGGCGGAGCGCCGCGGUGACGCCCGCGGCGAGUGGCCGAAGGUCGCCCAGGCGUUCAAGCGGGAGCUGGUGGCCGAGGAGUUGCAGCGGAGGUUCGAGGCCAGGGCAGUCGUGAAUUUAGCAGCACCAGAGUGUCUGAGCCGAGGCAGUGUGCGGGCGGGGGCGCCGAUACGGCCCGCGUUGGAGGCAGGCGGCCCCUCGACCUCGGGAUGGCCCAGGGCCCCCAGGCGCCAGGCCAAGCGACAACGGCAGCUCUGGAUGUCCGAUGCGGGCUCGAGGUGCUCGGGGUCAACGGCAAUGGAGGUUAUCGAGGACUUCGCCUCUCGGCACGGCGCCCUGCCGCACCUGGUGGUGCUCCAGGAGACCCGCCUGGCCCCGCACCGCCUGGAGGAAGCCAGAAGCGCAGCGCGCCGCCUGGGGUAUGCGGCCUUCCUCCACGCGGCAGCGCCCACGGAAAAGGAAGGCCCGCUUGCGAACUCAGGCGGCGUGGCGGCCCUCAGCUACCUGCAGGCAGCGGAGAGUGUGUGGAUGGCGCCGUGUGGCUUGAGGCAUCGCAUGAUAGGGGUCACAGUCGCCGCUGCGUCAGGACUGCAGUUCCUGGCGUGCUCGCUGUAUCUGCAGGACGCCCUGGGGCCCAAGGGCAUCAACCUCGACAUCUUCGCCGCCUUCGGUGACAUGGUGCUGUCCGAUGGCAUGCCCUGGCUCGCGCAGGGCGACUUCAACGUGGAGCCAGGAACGCUGCGCGAGCUGGGCUGGCCUCGGGUGCAGCGCGGCACGUGCCUGGGGCCUGCCGAGUGCACUUGCGUGGCCCAAGGUGCAGAGCAUGUGUGCGACUGGUUCGUGGGCUCCUUCUGCCUGGCCCAUGGGGUCAGAGAGGCCACAGCUCUGGAUGGCUUUGGGCUGUGCCCCCGCAAGCCCGUGAGGCUGCUGCUGCAGGACGUGAGACCAGACGCCCUGGUGCAGGUGCUGGUUCGUCCUGGUCGCUUUCCUGAUGUUGACGCAGCUGCUUGCCGACCCCACGAGGAUGCCGCAGUGCAGGUGCACCGCCGCGUGGGGCGCACCCGUUGGCAAGUGGAGCCCUGCAGCUGGACCUGGGAGUUGGGCUCCCGACCGAGCGACGCCUGCGAGGCCGCUCGGCAGUGGAUCCAAGUCGUUGAGAGCACCUUGGUGGGGAUCCACGGCAUUGACGACGGCGACCUGCCCAGGUACCUGGGGCGGUCAGAAGGGCCCAAGGUUGUCCUCAAGCCCCUCAGCGCCGUGGUCAAGCGCGAGUACCGCCGCCGGCACUCGGCCCUCCCCCACGCCAUCCGCCAGGCCCUCGACGUUGCUCUCCAGAGACUCACAGCGGACAAGACGCAGCGUUGGCAGCCCGUGCGCGAGCCCUGGUACGAGAGGCAGGUCGAGCGGGUUCUCGCCGAUGUGGAGGCUGCCACUGUCGCAGCCUGUGAUGAAGACGAAGUCGAGGCCCUCGAGUUCGAUAUUGGUGAGUCGGGCGACCUCGUUAGCCAAGCUGGCCUUCAUGGAGACCCAGAGGCGAUUGCAGUACUGCGGCGGCGCCUCGCAAGCUUCCAGAGGCGAGAUGGAUGCAAGAGCUCGGCCUCCUGGAGGGCAUGGGCCAAGGAGGCGGUGCAGCAGGGUCGCAGGCUGGCCCAUCGAUUCGCCAAGGCUGUGCCGCCCCCGCAGGUGGUCGACCCCGACACUGGCAGACCCUUGGCAGGCAUGCUGGCGGUCGGGCAGCUGGAGGCCAACUGGCAAGCCCUCUGGCAGCAGGAGGGGCUUCAAAUCGGGCGCUG